CUUACUCAAUAAAUAAAACGGGUAAGUAUUUAGAUAGGGUAAGUAAAAGUCUAAUAGGGAGUACCCACAUCAAAUUAAAUUUAUGGACUUUAAAAAGUUAUUGAAAACUUUAAGUCAUGGAGAACUGGAAUUGCGAAAAGAUGCAUUGUGGCCUUCAGGGUCACAAGGACGAUGAAAAGGGUAAUUAUUGUUUUGAGCUUAUUAAUCCAAAUGACACAGAUGUUAAGACCAAGAGUUUUGUUCAGGAAGUGCUAAACAUUUAUGCUAAGGAACUACCGGCAAUGAAGUAUGCUGCAAACACUGGAAAGCAAUCAUUGUUCCUUGAUAAAUGCGUGUCAAGUGGGAAGUACUACACAUUAAUUUUGAGAUUCAAGAAUGGCCUACACUGUGGAGAGGCUGUUGCAGCAACUACCUAUCAAAUAAUCUCUGCUGACACACUGUAUACCGAGAUUCCUCUUGCAGCUGUUAGAUCCCAAUACCAACAUAAGGGGAUAGGCCACUUAUUAUACAUGGAACUGAAAAGGAGAUUGCAGAAUGUGGGCAUAAGGACAGUGCUUUGUUGGGGAGAUAACGAGUCUGAAGGAUUUUGGCUUAAACAGGGGUUCACAGUAAUUGGUCAGGUAGAUGCGAGAGGCAAAGCUCGCAAGCUUCCUAUAAACCCCAAUGUUCGCAGAGUGUUGUGUUUUCCUGGUGGCUCAUCUCUCAUGGUCUCUUAUCUUAACAAUGAAAGUCCAACAAAUUCACCAAAGCAUUUUGCACUAAAUCUGCCCGAGAAGAAUCGUCCAUCUUUGAUAUCUCAGAAACAAGAUAAGCAUGUAGAUAUGUACUGCUCUUCUAAGGAAGUGGUAAAUCAAAAUAUCAAAACAGACAUCGCUCAUCAUUGUGAUGCAGACAUGAUGGAAACUGUAAAUGACAGCUAUGACGAAGGAGCAAAUGAAUCUGAACAUGAGAAUAAUCUGAAACAAUGGUCAUGCUCACCACCAAGAACAAAUAAAAGGACAUGGGAAGCCUCAUUUACCUCUUUGAACUCAAAAAAAGUGAAGGGGAGCUAUCAAACUGAUUGCCACUUACAUUCUAACAGCUUUCUUUUAGAAAGCAACGAAAAUGCAACCAGGCAUAAAAACGCGGAUUCCUUGGCAGUGUCUCAGAAUGCAUUUAAAGUGAAAGAUUGUCCUAAAGAUCCGCUGAAGAGCAGCUCCAAGCAUUAUUAUGAAGUGACAUCCAAAAGUUAUAGCAGCCAAGGAGUUCUUCCUUUGGAAAAUAAUUACCAAAUUAUACUGAUGAAUAUAGCUGAUGACAAUAAGAAAGCUAAUCUAACUAAGAUUAUUGAAAACCUUGGUGGAGAUGUAACUUCUGAUGGAAGUAGAUGUACACAUGUUGUCACGGGGAAAGUGAGGAAAACGUUGAAUGUUUGCAAAGCUUUAUGUUCAGGGUCUUGGAUAAUUUCACCUAGUUGGUUGAAAGAAAGCUAUCGGAAUGGCAGAUUUGUCGAUGAAAUGCCUUUCAUAUUGAAAGACCAAGACUAUGAAACGAAGUACACAAGUGAACUAAAAGAAGCAGUUCUUAGUGCAAGGGCGCACCCCAGCAGUUUGCUUAGUGGGUAUGACAUAUGCCUGGCGGCUCAUGUUCAACCUCCAGCCAGUAUGUUGUCUGCCAUUGUAGAAUCUGCAGGAGGAAACGUUGUAAUUGGGGGAAUGGAGAAGGUGAAAGACAAGGACAAGAGCAUAUUUGUGGCGUGUGAAGAGGACACCGACGAAGCACUGUUAGCAGCCGAGAAAGGGAUACGCUGUUUCAGCAGCGAGUGGUUCAUGAACUGCAUCAUGAAACAGCAGCUUGAUCUUGGAGCCUCUCAAUUUGCAGUGAGCCUCUGAUUCUCUAUGUGUAUCCAUCCCAUGUUACAGAUUAUGUAUGUGUAUAUAAUUCGUCUCGAUAAAAUUAGUUUGCACUUCUGGUUUUGCUUGCAGAAUUGACAUCUGAUCACUACUAAAAAAAAUUAAUACUCAGUUUUUUA